CCGUGCGUCAGUGCUCGGGGGAUAUACGGUGGCGUCGCUCGUUGUGGUUUCUCGGUCUGCGGCGAGCAGGCGUCAACGGCAAGGGGAUGCUUUUCGUGGACGACGCAGUGGCAUCAUUGGCAGCUCCCUUUAAUUGGGACUUCCUGCACAGCUGGAAGCAUGCCCGGAGGCUGAUCGCGAACCGAACGACUGCCCCAGCGGGGCCCUGGCAGCCUCCGCAAGGUCCCCUUCAGACCAACGGUCGCGUACUGAUUGUAUAUGACCGGACGCUGUGCACCCGGGAGGAAGACGAUCCCAACGAUGCUAUCGUCUAUUUUCAUCCGUCCCAGAUGCCCGUCGACCAGAGGUGCGACCUGUGCUGCCAGCUGGUGGGAAUGGUCCACUUCUUCGACUCGUGCUUCGACACCCCCGAGCUCGUGGCGUUGAGCGACAUGCGCUUUGCCAUCCGGCUGCUCGGCGAUUACAUCGUCAUCCUCGGAGAGAAGGGAACUCUGGAUGCGUAUGUGGUACAGCAACAAAUGGACACACUGGUGCACCUACUCCGAUUCUACCACCGAAGUUUCGCCGAUAUCAAACAGCGUUGUAGCAACAAUCGGGAGUGGUUUGUGGAGAAGGUCAGGGAAUUCUGCAAUUCUUCAUUAUACGUAUGCUGCAAGCUAGAGGACAGAGUUCACAACAUCUUCCAGGCCGUGCCAGAACUGCAGCUACCCGAGGGAGCGUCUGCUGUCUAUGCCAGAGGCUACGCGUUGCUUGAAGAGUUCCAGACGCGUGCAGGGGUCCUUGCUGGUUGCAUCAUGUUUGAGGAAAAGGUGCUGGCAAGCCAGAUGACCCCAGAGGUUACACGGUUAUUGCAAUUGGCAGCACACUCGAAAGAUAGGUUGGCGAUGGAGGACGUCCACGUUCGAUACCAGCUGCCUCCUGGAGUAAGAAUAGUUUGUGUCUAUGUGACGCCAGCAAGGCUGAAGGACCUCGCAUCAAUCAACAAGCACUCUAACCAGGAACCCAAGGAAUUAGAUAAAUAUGCUGACCUGACUAGUGAAGAAGCCAGUUGCCCGAACAAGCCUGAUGUUCCAGAUGGCCCCGAACAAGCAAUGGAUACACCAGACGACUUUAGUCAUCCAACUCGAGACGGCAAGAAUGAUUCCUUGAGCGACGUUGAUUCGUCUCUGUCCUCGCAGACCACAACAAAGUCUCAUGGAGGAGUUCCUUUCACGACCAACGUUCCGUCCACGACCGAGAAGCAAAGCCUCCCCGACAGUGACUUCCUCUCUGACUUCGACUCCGCGGAGGACAUACGAGUCAAAGACGCUUGCAUGGAAAGGCUCCGGGACCUACAGAAAACAGUGGAAGAUUGUCUGAGGAUUUCGGAGGAGAACUUGGCGCACACCAUACUCCAGAGGAAGGCAACGCACCGAAGACAUUCCAAGAUGAGCCUCAGAAGACAAGCGACCAUGUCGAAUUUGUUCGAGAGCUGUAAGUUCUCCAAAACCACACACAAGAAUCGCGAAAAAUCCGCAAGUUGCGCUGGGCGUUACGACGACAUCACCCAAAGUUACGGUGCAUGUAUGGGCUAUGGCUCAGCGGGCUUGCUCUACCAGGCUGAAAAUUUGCAAACUCCAGAGUUUUUCCACCACGAAAAUAAUUCACGAGUCAUUCAGCCAAACACACAUCCACCCGAUAAUUGUACGGAAGUCGUGAUGUUUGAACAAGGAAACAACGUUUUGAGGGAUCUGUACACCGACAAAGUAGAGGAGGCCUUGGCCAAACUGAAAAAUCUUCGUUCAGUUUUCAGCGGCAUCAAGAAAAAAUCCUUGAGGGAAGAUGGUGGUAGUUUCUCGAUGAUAAAAGAGACGCUCCUCAGAGCCAAGUGCCAAGCGUCGAUGGAGCAUCCCUUGGUGACCUCUUGCUUCGAGACAUCUGUCAUGACGGGCUUGCCCCCCGUAGUUCAAGUUGAUCUGGUGGAACCACUCGAGGUCGGUGAGCACGGAAAAGGUUCCAGAGUCACAAGAGGUGACGUCACUACCACGCGCCAGGGGCCUCGUGCUCACGAAAAUGGGACUCAACAACAACCGUUAUCUCUGGAAUCUUGUGAACCCCGUGAUAAAAACGAAAAUGAACACACUGCGUCCACAGGCCGCUGCAGAGGUGAUAGGACUGACGAGGGCGAGCUGUGCAGGGUGACCUUAUUCAUCCAGAGACAUUGCGGAAUGGUCUGCAUGGUCUUGUUAGCGCAAGGUUUCGAGGAAGAUGAGAGCCUCGUUCAGUCUUUGUGGAAACGAGGAAUCGGCGUGCUGGGAGACCUCGAGGUGGCAGCCAAGAGUUGGCAGCUGCAACCGGGAGAACUGGAGGCUGCGGAUGCAGAAGGCCCACUGCGAUUAGUCUACCACAGCAAGCUCCACACCUUCACUGAUAGCCCAUUGCGGAGAUGGAACACUAACUGUUCCCGGAUGAGCACAGUACAAGGGCUGCAUGGAGAGUUUUUGAACGAUGAUGCUAUCAAAGAGGUGUUUCUAAUGUACAAUGGUGAGGGAAUCCAUAGUACACGGACUGAAGACCAAGAGAACUACAGGGUAGUGGCUGGCAAGAUUGAACCAGUAAUGUCUUUGGCAACGCUGUCUAAUCAGCUUUCAUCCCGGCUCUUCCUCAGCAAGAGCUAAACCCUUGUGGAGAAUGGGAACAGCCUUGUCUGUAACAGAAAUGCAAUAAUUUAAGAUCAUUAAGCACCUUCACCAUAUUCAUUAAUAAAAAGAAUUGAAAUAAAGCCAAAGGCAAUCAUAUUUAUUUAUCAGAAA